AUGACCUGUUAUUACUCUGCUGUAUUGCUUACUACAACACCAGAAGAAGUACGCUCGAGCCAGAUAGAGGAUAUUGAAGAAGAACCAGUUGAACAACUUCGAAGAUCAACCAGGCUCAGGAAGCCAAAUCCUAAGUAUGCUAAUGUUGCUGUGAUAGAAGACGUGAAAGAGUUAUUUACCUUCAAAGAAGCAUACAGAACUGAUGAAUGGAGAACAAUGAACAUAUACCUGAAGCUGGAUAAUGUGCGCAGCUUGAUAUUCAGUCAAUGGUCUCACUCGUCACUACUAUAUUAUCAACUCGUUGGCAAUUCAAAGUUAUUGGAUCAAAUACCAGAAUACAAACAAAACAACACAAAGAAAGACAGAUAUACAAAAGGAACCGACAACGAGAACAAUGUCAAUAAAGUGAGAAAAUAUGGUGUGCCCGGAAACCGAAGUAGUAUCAGAAGGAUCGGUAUUGGAACCAUAUAUACAGCAUUCUCGGCUGCUGGACUACCGGAGCUCGCCUGCGACCAUCGAACUCGUCGGAGCUCGUCGGAGCUCCUCUUCGCCGGCGGAGGUUUGUUUUCCACCCCCAAUUCUAACACACUGGCCUCGUGGAACGACUCUGUUCAUUUCUGUCGAUGGCAAGGCAUCACUUGUGGUGGCUUCCGACAUCCUCAAAGGGUCGCAUCCUUGAACUUGAGCUCCCUCGAUCUUGUUGGAGUUAUUUCGACGGCCAUAGCUAACCUCACAUUUCUUAGGGAGAUUGAUCUGUCGGACAAUCAAAUUAAUGGAUCCAUCCCACAAGAGAUUGGUCACCUUUCCAGAUUGACACAUCUUGACUUGAGUUCGAAUUCUCUUGAAGGAGGUAUUCCUGCUUCACUCUCUCACUGUUCAAAAUUAGAGGUACUUUUUCUGCGGGAUAACAAGCUCCAAGGUGAAAUUCCAGUCAGUCUCAGCAAUUGCUCCAGCCUACAGGUCCUAAAUUUAAAAAACAAUAGCCUCACAGGACGUAUACCUUCUUCAUUAACAAGUCUUUCCUUGCUUUCUGGUCUAUCUAUGGCCGGAAACAAAUUAUAUGGCGGCAUCCCGCAUACCAUUGGAAACCUCACCUCUCUAACCGUACUUUAUUUGAACAAUAACAGCCUUAGUGGCAGCAUCCCAUCUAGCAUAGCUAACCUCACCUCUCUAACUGUACUUUACUUGUACAAUAACGAACUCACUGGCAGCAUCCCACCGAGCAUAGGGAAUCUCAUUUCUCUUACUAGCUUUGCACUUGAUACUAACCAAUUAUCAGGAAGCAUACCACACUCCAUCGGUAGGCUUUCUGAAGUAAAAGAACUUUCUUUGUCAGCCAACAGCCUCUCUGGAGGCGUACCACCUUCACUGUGGAAUCUCUCUUCUCUUUCUCAUCUAUCUAUGUCAUUUACCUAUCACCUAUCUGGGUCACUCCCACCAAACAUAGGCCAAGCUCUUCCUCUGCUUGAAACAUUUUACCUGGCCUUUAACCAAUUCCACGGACCAAUCCCAAUGUCAUUGUCCAAUGCAUCUCGUCUUCAAAACAUUGAUCUUUCUGGAAAUAGCUUCAGUGGCGUAAUCCCUCCUAGCCUCGGACGUUUACGAGAGCUGCAAUCACUAAUUCUAUAUAGUAACCACUUGGAAACCAUGACACCUGAUGGAUGGAAUUUCCUAACCGCGUUGACCAAUUGUACCCAGUUGGAGUGGUUGACCCUAGCGUCAAAUAAGCUUAGAGGCGUGCUACCAAAUUCAAUCGCCAACCUUUCCACCAAUCUUCAGGGUCUAUAUAUGGAUAAUAACUACAUCUCUGGAAAAAUAUCUUCUGAUAUCGGAAACCUCGUAAACCUUAUGGUGCUUCGUAUGGAUGGAAACUCGCUUUAUGGCUCUAUUCCUUCCAGCAUCGGGAUGCUUCGGAACUUGCAUGCAUUGGAUUUGGGCAAUAACAAGCUAUCUGGAGAGAUUCCAUCUACCAUCGGCAACCUUACUCAAUUGAAUGAACUUUAUCUAGAUUCCAAUGAACUAAGCGGAAAUAUACCAGUAAGUCUGGGAAAGUGCCAAAACCUAAUAUAUCUAAAUCUUGGAUCUAACAAACUUACGGGUAAUAUACCCAAAGAAAUAGUCUCCAUAUCUGGACUCUCCAUAUAUUUAAGUUUGGCAUCCAAUGCACUGUCAGGGCCAAUACCAUCUGAAAUCGGGAGCUUAAUAAACGUGAAUAUAUUAGAUUUCAGCAUGAACAAAUUGUCCGGUGAAAUCCCUAUCACUCUCAGUAAGUGUCAAGUGCUGGAGGAACUUUAUAUUGGUGGAAAUCUCUUUCAAGGAAGUAUUCCUUCUUUUUUAGCCUCGUUAAGAGGCAUCCAGAAGCUCGAUUUUUCAAAAAAUAACUUGUCGGGAAAAAUACCUGAUUUCUUACAAGAUUUUCAUGGCCUAGACUAUUUGAAUCUCUCCUUCAAUAACUUUGAAGGUGAAGUGCCACUACUUGGUGUGUUUGCAAAUGCAAGUGCAGUUUCAGUUAUUGGAAAUAUUUUCUUGAUUGAUCAGGAGGAUUUCAUGGUUUGA